AUGUCUGGAGCGGCGCGACCAAAAAUCGACUACGUCGUGUUUGACAUGGACGGACUGCUCAUAGAUUCCGAGCGGGUCUACACCGAUGUCACCAACGAGCUCCUCGCCCCUCACGGGAAAGAGAUGACUUGGGACAUCAAAGCUGGGCUCAUGGGCAAACCCGAGCGCGAAGCCGCCGCGCACCUGCUCUCCUUCUUCCCCGAUCUCCCCCCGAGCUUCACGAUCGACUACUACCUCACCGCCCGGCGCGACCUCCAGGACGAGCGCUGGCCGUCCGUGCGGCCGCUCCCGGGCGCGCUGAGGCUCGUGCGGCACCUGCACAAGCACGGGGUGCCGAUCGCGCUCGCCACGGGCUCGCAGCGGCGCAACUUCGAGCUCAAGUCGGCGCACAACGGCGCGCUCUUCGACUGCUUCGAGGCCAAGGUCGUCUGCGCCGACGAUGGGCUCUUCCCGCCCGGGAGGGGGAAGCCGCACCCGGACAUCUUCCUCGUCGCCGCGGAGAAGUUCCUCGGGCUUGACGUGGGCACGGGGGAGAUGAAGGAGGGCGGGGUGAGCGAGGAGGCGCGGGCGGUGAGGGCGAGGGGACUGGUCUUUGAGGAUGGCAUUCCCGGGGUGCAGGCGGGCAAGAGGGCCGGGAUGAGCGUGGUGUGGGUACCCGAUGCGAAUCUCUUGGCCGUUGGAGCAGAGACGCCAUCGGGGGACGAACAGGCGGACAUUACGCUAAAGUCUCUGGAAGAGUUUGUCCCAGAGGAGUGGGGGCUGCCCCCGUAUGAUGCGCAGCCAUGA